GCUGGCAUCUCGCCAUGUUUCGAGGACUAACAUCUCAGCGUGUGUGUAAACGAGAUAGCAUAUCACCGCCACUUUUCAUACGCAUAACAUAGCAUCUGUCAAUGGGGCCCGCAAAUUGCGGAUCCGCAGUGAUGUUAGCUCCUAACGGAGCAAAGCAAAUAAGAUAGAGAUGCCAGCUAGCUGGUUGCGGGUGUUGCUUCUUCUUUUUCUUAAAAAUACCCUGCAUUCUAUUUUUUUUUUGUGAAAGGACAAUAUAUCGAUAUCCGAUAAUAUUGCUUGCUGAAGCAUCGAUGCCAAAUACUCGAUAUAUCGAAGGAAAAGUAUCGAUACUCGCGGCAUCGAUAAAGUAUCGCACAUCCCUACCAUCACUAGUGACUAGAUCACAAUAAAUAUAUUUCUCUUAAAAAUAAAAUACCCUAUAUUUUUUAUUGUUUUAUGUGCUUAUUUGCGUUUAUUGCUGAUUAUAUCUAAGUGGUAUUGUAAUUUUUAAUUUGGUAAAAUCAGGUGAAAAAAUGGACCCAAUUAUCGACUGGCAAAUAUCUCGGCACGAUAUCAAGUCUCGUGGUCAGUAUCUCCUUGAGACAGGAAAAUGGGCUGAUUGUCAUUUUCUUGUUGGUCAAGAACCAAACCAUCAAAUGCUAGCUGGACAUAAACUGAUUCUCGCUAUGGCGUCACCUGUCUUCGAAGCUAUGUUCUAUGGUGGGCUAGCUGAAAAGAAUGACCCAAUUCCAAUCCUGGAUUUGGAUCCUUCAGCAUUCAAAUCACUGCUAGAAUAUAUUUACACUGAUAAAAUAAGCAUCAAUUCUGUAGACAAGGCCUGCGAGCUGUGCUAUGGGGCAAAAAAAUAUAUGUUACCUCAUGUUGUUGAACAGUGUAUCACAUUUUUGUGGUCAGAUCUAUGUCCCAAAAAUGUCUGUCGAGCCUAUGAAUUUGCCAAACUAUUUGAAGAGCCACGUUUAAUGGAAAAGUGCUUGCAAAUAAUGUGUACCAAAACGCUCGACGUUAUACAAGAUUCAAAUUUUGAAGAUGUGGAGUUGAGCACUAUUGUUACUAUACUGGAUCAAGCUGUACUGAAUAUUGAUUCUGAACUAAAUUUAUUCUGGGCUAUCAACAAAUAUGCGGAGAAACAUGGGCUUUGUGUUAGUCGUAGUUCUGAGACAAAUCAACAAAAUAUAGAUCAAGACUCGAACAGUUCUCCACAAUCCCCAAUUGAUGUUGAUAUAGAGGCUCCUCCGUCGAACAAUCUUCCUCAACGCAACAGUACUACUGGAUUAGUAAAUAAUGAGCAAGCAGGUGCGGUAAUGGUGCCUGUUGCAAACGCUGUACGUCAGCAGGAGCUACCCACAAUUCGCGAUGCCAUUCGGCGUGUUCGUUUUUUGUCAUUAACACCACAACAGUUCGCAGAUGGACCCGCUAGGACAAAUUUAUUAACGCAAUCAGAAGCUUUUGCCAUUUUAAUGAAUAUUUCAACCUCUAACAGUUGCUAUCCAAUGCCAGAGGGUUUCACAACAAACAAGAGUCCAAGAAAUGCAUUUUCAGAAUCUUCAUCAAGUCCAGUUCCCGGCCCGAGCGGAGUUUCUACCACUCAUCGACCUGGUGUGUCUGGACCUAGUCCGAGUGGAAUAUUUCCACAGCACGUGCCGCCUCCACAGCCUGCUCCUCUGCCAACUAAAAGUUUUCCAGCUCCGGUUCCAGCACCAAUUCCUCCAGCACACCCGGAAAGUGUAGAAAGCCCUUUUUUUUCGGAUUAUCUUGAAGAAAUACGAAACAAUGAUUCAAAUUAUGAUCGUAAAUAUUAUUGCCGUCGAAUUAUGCGACAGCAAACAGAAUGUCUUAACACUUCGGUUUUAGACUGCUCUUUAACAUUCAUAGUUGAUCGUUCAGUUUGCAUCACGGGCAUUGAAGUGCCAACACAAGUGCAAGGUUCUACUAUCGUUGGGAACGAUCGCUAUUCAGAAUUACUCUACGCCCAUCUGCUCGAUGCCCAUGGAUCCCGCCUAACAUACACUCAUUGUAAUCAACGUGUCCAGUUCAAUUCAAUGCUUGAGAUCUCGUUUGAUCGACCAGUUUUUAUACAACGUAACAAAAUGUAUAAAAUCGGAGUUGUUUUCAACAAAGUCGGUUGGUAUCCUGUAAGCCAAUCAGUUACUAAAGUUAACUGCGAUAACGUUGGUUUCACAUUCUGUGUUGGGUCUCAGUCCGAAUCAGUUCGGGAUAAUUUUAUAAGAACAAUUGUUUUCACUUAUACGCGCGACGGAAUUGUUUACCCUUAGGAACAAACAAAAUUUGGUUCCGCGGCUAAUGUGCUACUGCUACCGAUAUAUAACAGUGCAAUUAUACUUAAAACCAUCAAUAAACUAAAUCAAGAAAAAUGA